AUGACUCGAGAACAAUACAUACUAGCAACACAACAAAACAACCUGCCAAGGGCUGAGAAUGCACAACUUUACCCAGUGGGGAUUUAUGGAUGGCGAAAGAGGUGCUUAUACUUCUUUGUCCUUCUGCUGUUGGUUACCAUGAUAGUUAACUUAGCCAUGACAAUAUGGAUAUUGAAAGUGAUGAAUUUCACCGUGGAUGGUAUGGGAAAUCUGAGAGUCACCAAGAAGGGAAUCCGACUUGAAGGUAUAUCUGAGUUUCUACUUCCAUUGUAUGUGAAAGAAAUUCAUUCCCGAAAGGAUAGUCCACUGGUCUUACAGUCUGACAGGAAUGUAACAGUGAAUGCGAGAAAUCACAUGGGGCAGUUAACUGGACAGCUGACAGUAGGAGCUGACGCUGUGGAAGCUCAGUGUAAGAGAUUUGAAGUGAGAGCGAGUGAAGAUGGCAGGGUGCUGUUCUCUGCAGAUGAAGAUGAGAUUACCAUUGGGGCUGAAAAGCUGAAAGUUACAGGCACCGAAGGAGCAGUAUUCGGGCACUCUGUUGAGACACCUCACAUCAGAGCAGAACCUUCCCAAGACCUCAGGCUUGAAUCACCCACCAGGUCCUUGAUCAUGGAGGCUCCUCGAGGGGUCCAGGUCAGCGCUGCUGCGGGAGACUUCAAGGCCACCUGCAGGAAGGAGCUCCAUCUGCAGUCUACAGAGGGGGAGAUCUUUUUGAACGCAGAGAAAAUCCGGCUGGGGAAUCUACCGACAGGCUCUUUCUCAUCGUCUUCACCCAGCUCCUCAAAUUCUCGGCAGGCAGUGUACGAACUGUGUGUCUGCCCCAAUGGCAAACUUUACCUUUCUCCAGCGGGACUAGGUUCCACUUGUCAGUCCAGUAGCAGCAUCUGCUUGUGGAGCUGAAGUGACUGAUUUCUCCUCACACCAGAAUAGCCUUUUGUUCCCGUCCGUCUGCUUCACAGUUCUGCUCGGUUUCCCUUGUGAUCAGUCCAGAGCUUCUUCGAAUGGUCCACAGAGCAACUUGUUCCCAUGCAAGCAGGGAUUCGCUGCCACCUUCUCUUGUGAUUUACUGUACUGCUCAACGCAGAGAGUGUGGGUGACAGAACAGUGGAAAAAAAUCACCUUCCGCGGGAAAACUGGAUCAUAACUUUUGCUCAAAAGGGAGAAAAACAUAGGUGCCUUUGCUACGUGAAGUGAAGCACACAGUUUUAGAUUUUUGCAGGACCUGGAUAUGAACUGCACACAUACACAUUACAUAGAUGAAAUUCUCAGUAUCCAAUGGCAAGAUGAGAUGGUUGACCCUGUCAGAAAACUAAUUCGACAGUCUGAAAGCACAAUUUUCCAAUCAUCUUUUUGGAUGUAAACUUUUAUCCCCGAAUUUUAAAAUUUUGAAGCAUUAUAUAAUGCUUGCUUUACUAAAAAUUAAAUUCGAUACAUGAUUUUUAACAAAACGAAACAAAACAAGACAGAACCCCACCUUGAGUUUUAUUUGUUUCUUUGAAUUCAGUGUGUUGUUACUCUUUGUCUACUAAGUCUAGAAUUUUGUACAUUAGGUAAUUUUGAAAGCACUCAGCAAUAUAAUCUUUACAGAAUUAACAAAAUGCCAUUAUACUGUCAUUUGUCAGAUCUGAAUGGCCUUAUAUAGUAUUUACUUGGCUUUUGCAUGUGACGUAUUUGCUUUUAACGAAACAUCUAAUUUAUUCCGAUAUAAGAUAGGAUUAAGAGAGAUCUACUGAUGGUAUGGAAUCCAUAGAUUUUUAUUUUUUUUAAUUCACCUGCUAUCUUUUACACUAGGUUCUCAUAGUACAACUCUUUGUUUUCUCCACUCACUUUAAAUUUGACUCUGACUGCUAAAAUUCAACCAUAUCCUCUAAAUAAAUUAAUACUAAUGUGAUGCAUUAUGCCGAGAAUGGGUUCACUUUCCAUUGGAAUAUAACCUUCAGAAUUAUAUCUAUGUAUUCUUUUUUAUUGGAGAUUAAGAUUUAAGGAUGGUCGAAAGUAAAUUAUAACUCCCUGCUUAAACAGUAAAAACUAUAAAUGUUAACAAACAUGUUGAAAAUGUGUUUACUCCAUUACAUUCCUAUUUUAAGGAAUUUGGUUGUGUUUCCUUUCAGCUCUUAACAUUUGGUUACCUUUAUUAGACUGUUAAACUACCCUGGCAUCAGAAAUCCUAGCUCCUUUCAUUCUCCACUGCUUAUUUUUGUAAAGUAGCACGAA